CUCUCCUCCCGGCCUCACAUCCGGGUCUGGAGCGCGGCCGCCGCUGUCAGUGUUGCUGCGGUCGCGUCGGGGGCCGGGCCGGGGCGCAGUAAAUGGCGGCGGAGGGAGGCGGAGCGGCGGCCGCGCUCAGCCCUGAACCCCCGAAACUUUAGACUAGAAGCCCCACAACUUUUCCGCGAAGUGCUGCCGCUGUGGGGGCGUGGACGGAAGGGGAAGGCAAGGCGGGAAGUCUUGGGGGAAGCGGCAGGGAGCCGGAGAGACUCGAACCCGCGGCGGAGGCGGUGGCGGAGUCCGCCCCAGCCUCGCACCGCCGCGGCCCCCGCCUCCUUCCCCGUGUUCUUCCCGCGGCCGCCGAGGCGGAGCCGGAGCCGCGCGCUGCGCGGGGCCUCGUAGGCGGCGGCGCGCCGAGCCCAGCCGGGCUCCCUCCCCGCGACCUCCGGGCCCUGUAGCUCCGACGCCCCCCGCGCGCGUGAGGCCGGGGCUCCCCGCCGCUUCGGGGAGGGGGGCGAGGAGGAGAAGGAGGCCGGGCGGCGCGCAGUCCCCACCGUCCUGGGGUCGCGGGGCCGAGCCCCUGGUGUUGCAUGCGGGGCGGGGUGGCCGUGAGCGGAGGCGAAGAUGGAAGGUUUAACGCUGAGCGAUGCGGAGCAGAAAUACUACUCGGAUCUCUUCUCCUACUGCGACAUCGAGAGCACCAAGAAGGUGUCGGCCAACGGGCGAGUGCUGGAGCUGUUUCGGGCCGCGCAGCUGCCCAACGACGUGGUCCUCCAGAUUAUGGAGCUUUGUGGUGCAACAAGACUUGGUUAUUUUGGAAGAAGUCAGUUCUAUAUUGCUUUGAAACUUGUAGCUGUUGCCCAGUCUGGCUUCCCUUUAAGAGUGGAAAGUAUAAAUACAGUAAAGGACCUUCCUCUGCCAAGAUUUGUUGCUUCAAAGAAUGAACAGGAAUCUCGUCAUCCAACCUCAUAUUCUUCAGAUUCUGAAAAUCAAGGGUCUUACUCUGGUGUAAUCCCCCCACCACCUGGCAGGGGACAAGUGAAAAAAGGGUCCACAAGCCAUGAUACUGUCCAGCCUCGUGCAUCUGUAGAUCAGCAGGAACCUGUGUCCCCAGUAGUCUCGCCACAGCAGUCUCCACCGGCUUCUCCACACACAUGGAGGAAGCACAACCGCCAUCCCAGUGGAGGAAACAGCGAGAGGCCUCUUGCAGGACCUGGGCCGUUCUGGUCUCCCUUUGGUGAAGCACAAUCAGGCUCUUCUGCUGGUGAUGCAGUGUGGUCAGGACAUUCUCCACCUCCACCUCAAGAAAAUUGGGUCAGUUUUGCUGAUACUCCACCAACCAGUACUCUUUUAACCAUGCAUCCUGCUUCUGUCCAGGACCAGACAACAGUACGAACUGUAGCCUCAGCUACAACUGCCAAUGAAAUUCGUAGGCAAUCCAGUAGUUAUGACGAUCCUUGGAAAAUAACAGAUGAACAAAGACAGUAUUAUGUAAAUCAAUUUAAAACCAUUCAGCCUGAUCUAAAUGGAUUUAUUCCAGGAUCUGCAGCUAAAGAGUUUUUUACAAAAUCAAAACUUCCUAUUCUUGAACUUUCUCAUAUUUGGGAACUCUCAGACUUUGAUAAAGAUGGAGCCUUGACACUGGAUGAGUUUUGUGCUGCUUUUCAUCUGGUAGUUGCUAGGAAGAAUGGCUAUGACUUACCGGAAAAACUCCCUGAGAGCUUAAUGCCCAAACUGAUUGAUUUGGAAGAUUCAGCAGAUGUUGGGGAUCAGCCAGGUGAGGUAGGUUAUUCAGGCUCUCCUGCAGAAGCUCCUCCAAGCAAGUCUCCGUCGAUGCCGUCACUAAACCAGACUUGGCCUGAGCUGAAUCAGAGCAGUGAGCAGUGGGAGACAUUUAGUGAACGCUCUUCAAGCUCACAAACUCUGACCCAAUUUGAUUCUAACAUUGCACCAGCUGAUCCUGAUACUGCUAUUGUUCAUCCAGUUCCCAUUCGUAUGACUCCAAGCAAAAUCCACAUGCAGGAAAUGGAACUUAAAAGAACUGGCAGUGAUCAUACUAAUCCCACUAGCCCAUUGCUUGUGAAAACAUCUGACCUGUCAGAAGAAAAUAAGAUAAAUUCAUCAGUGAAAUUUGCUUCUGGAAAUACUGUAGCAGAUGGGUACAGUAGUUCAGACUCUUUUACUUCGGAUCCAGAACAGAUUGGAAACAACGUAACUCGUCAAAGGUCUCAUUCAGGAACAUCGCCUGAAAACACUGCACCACCACCUCCACCUCCAAGGCCUCAGCCCUCUCAUUCUAGAUCAUCAUCUUUAGAUAUGAAUCGGACCUUUUCCGUCACAACAGACUUGUGUAUUCACACAGGACAGCAACAGGCUGGAGUUGUUGCCCAACCUCCUGCAGUGCCUCCAAGACCACAGCCCUCACAGGCUCCUGGUCCCGUUGUGCAUCGCCCAGUGGAUGCCGAUGGCCUAAUAACUCACACUAGUACCUCACCUCAGCAGAUACCAGAACAACCAAAUUUUGCAGAUUUCAGCCAAUUUGAAGUAUUUGCUGCAUCAAAUGUAAAUGAAGAACAAGAUGAUGAAGCCGAGAAACAUCCAGAGGUCUUGCCGGUUGAAAAAGCUUCUGAUCCUGCAAGUUCUCGAGUUGCCAAAACAGAUAGUAAGAUUGAAGAAAAGACAGCUGCUAGUGCUCCCGCCAAUGUGUACAUUGCAGAUAACAAGACACUUUUUGAGAAAAAAAUUUUGGUCACUUUUUUUGUUAUCAUUGAGACAUCUCCAGUAGUCACUAAAACAGUGAGUGUUUCUGAAAGUAUUUAAAUGCUACUUUCUGGACACUUUUUUUUUUUUUUUUUUUUACUGUUAGUACUUCUUUAAUUUUUUUAAUAGUGAAUUUUAUUUUGUCAGUAAAUGGCAAUAGAUUAAAAAUAGCAUUUACCCAAAGGGAUGGCAGUUGACUCUUGUUUUUAUUUAUUAACAGGUCAAAUCAGGUUACAGUAAAUACCAGACUGUUAUAUUUGAUUCUGUUGAGGACAGAUCUCCAAUAAAAUAGCCACUCAUUUUUAAGAGUUAUUAUAUAUCUUAAUGAAAGAUUUUUUAAAGAAUUACCUGGUUUUCCACUUCUUUAUAAAGUAUUCAUUAAGAUAAUAUAUCUUAGGAUAUUUGAAUAGAAAACCCUCUGGUGAUACUGGAUGCAUAUUUCUAGAGACUCCCUUUUAUAGUUAUUGAACAGAUAUAUAUUGAGUGUGUUAUGUUAAAACUGAAUAUUAUAGCCUUGAGUCACAGAAUUUGGGCCUUGAGCUUGUUAUGUCACCCUGUAAAAAUUUUGUCUAAUAGGUACAUUUACACUUGUGAUGUCACUAGGAACAUUCUUUCCCAUUGUAAUUUAAGUUAGCUGUUGCCACAAAUAUAUAAAUUGCUUUAAAGUAGGACCCAUAAUUUUUAGAGAAUGAAAGGCUUAAAGAAAGCAUAUGAUGUUGGCAAAGUGCUAACAAACCACAAAUGUCUUUAAGAAAUGCUUAUUAUUCAUGAAAUUCUUGUCUCCCAGAGCAAAGGCACAACACCUCUUGCUCCACCACCUAAACCUGUUCGAAG